GGUGGCCUCCGGAAUCGCUCGGGCUUAGCUUGCCCCCUCCCUCUUUAUUAGCCUCCGCCCCCUCACCCUCCUCCCCCUCACCUCGCGUCCUAAAACGCGGCGGGCGCCUUUAAGAGGGAGCUUUGGUUACCCUGGGGGCGGGAACCCCUCGGCAGAUUGGGAGGCGGCGGCUCUCGCCCGCGAUGCUUCUCACUUUCUGCUCCAGCUCCCGCCGCCGCCACCGUCGCCGCCGCCGCCUGGAUCGCCACCACCGCCUCCUCCUCUUCCUCCCCUGCCUUCAAGCGUCGUUUUCUGCAGCAGUGAGAAGUGCUAUGUCAGGAAAGUUCCGGGAGGGACUGGAUGGGGCCAUGCUCCCUGGGUUCUUCGGUAGGCGCCCGCGCGCAGCCCUUUGUAUGAGGCAAAAGGACUCCUGUGGAAGAUGGAGCUCUUUGUCCGUUUUCCGGAAGGUGUGUCCAAGCGCAUCAAUGAAACAUGAUACUGCUGCUCUGUGUUGAAAUGCUUGAAGAACACCCACAUCUCUGCCAGAGCCUUCCAUCCUGCUGACACCAUGGUCUUCUCUGCAGUGUUGACUGCGUCCCAUACUGGGGCAACCAACACAACAUUUGUGGUCUACGAAAACACUUACAUGAACAUUACGGUCCCUCCACCGUUCCAACAUCCUGGCAUUGGCCCGCUGCUCAGAUACAGCCUAGAAGCGAUGGCUCCCACUGGAAUGAGUUCCUUGACAGUGAAUAACACAGCUGUACCCCCAACACCAGCAGUUGUUAAGAGCCUAAACUUGCCUCUCCAGAUCAUCCUCUCUGCUAUAAUGAUAUUUAUUCUGUUUGUGUCUUUUCUUGGGAACUUGGUCGUUUGCCUGAUGGUUUACCAGAAAGCUGCCAUGCGCUCUGCAAUUAACAUCCUCCUUGCCAGCCUGGCAUUUGCAGACAUGUUGCUUGCAGUGCUGAACAUGCCCUUCGCCUUGGUAACUAUUCUUACUACAAGAUGGAUUUUUGGGAAAUUCUUCUGUAGGGUAUCUGCUAUGUUUUUCUGGUUGUUUGUGAUAGAGGGAGUGGCCAUCCUGCUUAUCAUUAGCAUUGAUAGGUUCCUUAUUAUAGUCCAGAGGCAGGAUAAGCUAAAUCCAUAUAGGGCUAAGAUUCUAAUUGCAGUUUCUUGGGCGGCUUCCUUCUGUAUAGCUUUUCCUUUGGCUGUAGGAAACCCUGACCUGCAGAUCCCUUCCCGAGCCCCCCAGUGUGUGUUUGGGUAUACAACCAAUCCGGGUUACCAAGCUUACGUGAUUUUGAUUUCUCUAGUUUCUUUCUUCAUACCCUUCCUGGUGAUACUGUAUUCGUUUAUGGGCAUACUCAACACCCUUCGGCACAAUGCCUUGAGGAUCCACAGCUACCCCGAGGGUAUAUGCCUCAGCCAGGCCAGCAAGCUGGGUCUCCUGAGUCUACAGAGACCCUUCCAGAUGAGCAUUGACAUGGGCUUUAAAACGCGUGCCUUCACCACCAUUUUGAUUCUCUUUGCUGUCUUCAUCGUCUGCUGGGCCCCAUUCACCACUUACAGCCUUGUGGCAACAUUCAAUAAGCACUUUUACUAUAAGCACAACUUUUUUGAGAUUAGCACCUGGCUACUCUGGCUCUGCUACCUCAAGUCUGCAUUGAACCCACUGAUUUACUACUGGAGGAUUAAGAAAUUUCAUGACGCCUGCCUGGACAUGAUGCCCAAGUCCUUCAAGUUCUUGCCACGUCUUCCUGGUCACACAAGGCGGCGGAUACGUCCCAGUGCUGUCUAUGUGUGUGGGGAACACCGGACAGUGGUGUGAAUAUUGGCACUGCUUGACAUUUGGGGUGAUGGUUGCUCUUUAUCUGACUUUGAAUUUUCUUUCACGUGGGUUCUCCAAGUAUACCUUACUGGUUUAUAUAGGGUUUGUGCGUAAGGGUGUGUGUGUGCAGUGUAAAGAAAGAAUGGUGAUUAGUUAUAGUUCUGUUACAAAGGAUAUACAGUAGGGAAGUGAUCACAAAUGUUACCUCCAGGGUUCAAGAGAAAUCCUUGAUUUAGGGUGGGGAGAUGGUGUUUUGUUUCUUUGAUUGAUUUUGUUUUUGAAGCAGGAAUCAAGAUUGUGCUUUAUUGAGCCUGCAGUUACAUUGAAUUGUAGGUGUUUUGUAUGCUGCUAAGGUAUGCUUAAUUGAGUUUAUCAUUUUUUUUUUUCUGGAAGACAUUGCUGCUUUUUGCCAUCACAUUGGAGCCAAAACCACGUAGAUCUCAGUAGAUAAAUAUUCACUUUUAUUAAAAAAAAUAACCCAAGGGGGUUAGUGACAUUUUAAAGGUCAUUAAUAUUUACUUUGGUGCACUUUAAGAAAUAACGUACAAACUAAUUCAGUCAUGUUUUUCAGAAUUGUUUUUAUACGUGACAUGUUGUGCUUUAGGGAACAUUGCAUUAUUAUUUCUAGGAAGAUUUUAAAAAAUGUUUUAUCUGCAUGUCCAGUUUUAAAGGAGAGAACAUAAAAAUGUGGACAUUUUUCUAAGCACAAUAGGGAUUCUUCAGAGCAAAGUCGAGGAGACAGAGCAUCCUUGCAAAUUUAAAUGGGAUGCAGUGAGGGGGUAGCUGGUGUGGGCUGUGGUAUUUCCUUUGACUCCAGGAUUCUCACUGAGUCCAGUGGGGAGAAGGACCUACCACUUGUUGGACACCUACCAUCUCCCAGGCCCUGUGCAUCUUUAUCCUCACAGCAAUCCUGUGAGGUAGGUAUUCUUUUUCUCUUUUUUUACGAAGAAAAAAAAGUCUCAGAGAGAUGCAAAUCCUGCCCAAGGUUAAUGGUAGAGCUGGAAUCCAAAAAAGUCUGUCAGAAUCCUUAGACUGCUGUUCUGUGCCACGUAGACAUAUCAUUCAGGUUUAAGUAUUUCAUAGUCAAGAAGGAACUCUGUAGCCUUUAAUUUUUUUUUAGACUAAAACCUUCCUUUUAAAAGUAGCUUCACUUUUUUUAUUACCAAAAAAAUGUGAAAACAUUACAGAAAGUGAGGAAAAUAGAAAAAAAAUCUCUCACAACCACCCUUUUACAGUGGAACUUAAAAAUCUUAGACAAGGCUGUAAGGACAUAAGGUGAUUUUUUUUGGUUUGCAAAACAGGUGACUAACAACUAUGGAGAAGUUAAAUACAGCUGUAUGUAGGUCUUGUCCUUGCAGGGUCAGAGGUUUCCAGUGGUCCAGCUGUUUCUAAAUGUUGCCUAAGGGCUUGCCUGUAGCACAGCUGGAGUUUGUCAGUGUGCGCGAGUGUGUCUCCUACAAAGAAGCAAAGAUAAGUCCUGGUCUGAGCAUAGAGCAAGUUUUAAGAGGGCAGGUUUGGGCUUUCAAAUUAUUUUUCUCUUGCCUACCCCCCAGGUACAUCCAGAGCCUUUGGUCCCCUUGCUCUGUGGCCACUGGCACACUUUAUAAAACAGCUGACAGGAUGGGGCUGCUGAUGAAGGUCAUAAGGGUAGAAAGUGUAGCCUUGUGACCACAUCACGGGCUUUAUAAAUAGCUGAGAUAACAUGAAUACUUUUUGGAUUUUUAUAGCAUCUUUCAGCAUUUUAGUGCUUUGUGAGCCAUUGCGAAAAAUGAGUCUCUGUUUCUUCAGUUUUACAACCACAGAGUUGGGUUAAAUGAAUCUUGACCAACCCUAAUGUGCUUUCCUCCAUUUGAGAGUAGAGAUUUGUGAAGAACUCGGCUGACGUCAGCAUCAAUCUUUGGUCUCCAGUAUUACUUCUUUGCAGUUUACUUAUUAGCUGUUUCUCAAAAUGGAAUGUCUGCAGAGCCCACAGCACAGUGUCAGGAAUUAGGACUUUGGAAGAUUGAUGCCAUCGUGAAGGACCUGGGGAACCGCGCUCUUGAGGCAGUUGUGGUAUUAGAACUCAUUUUCCGGUUGAAGGGCUCUUUUGGGACUCAAAGCACUGACUCGGCACGUUGUUUUGGGAUCAGCCUUUGCUGAUAGUCACCUACCUCUUUGGUUUCUAAUUUAUAUUAUUCACAGGUUGAAAUUGUUUUUGUCCGUUAGGGAUCUUACGGAACAUAAACACUGUAGUAGAUACCUAGAAGCACCUGGGGGUGUAUCAUGCGUUCCAUUUUCAAUAUAAACUGAUUUCAAGCGGAUAUUAAUAAGUCUAUUUGAAAUUAGACUUUCUCUGAGAAAAGUCAGCGUGAUCUGUAUUCAUCUCCCAUAUUGGCCGUGGGCCUUGAGACUCUUUUUGUGAUAGGCGUUGGGACUGAGCUUUGUUUUCUUUGUCCUUUCUUACGAGCGGUGCUCGGGUACUUGUGUGCUGCCUGGUAGGCAGUGCCUCAUUGGGCGAGGGCGAGGGCGAGGACGAGGGCUCGGCGUACCUGCUGAGAUGCUCCGUGAGAGAAGACCGCUUGGGCCUCAGUGGGAACUCUAGCACCACCACCCAACAGUGGUUCUCUCUAUACUGGACACUGUUGAUAGGGGGCAGUUCACAAAUCAGUUUGAAUGUGUUUGUUAUGCAUACAUUUUGGAAGCUUUAAAAAAAAAUGUACUCUGGUGUACCUUUGAAAAAUUUAGGUGCAGAAUCCUAUUUUCCUGUUCCCCUGUAUUUUCUUGAGGUGAAAAAAAACCACUACUAAUUAUUGCCGCUGACAGACAUAAUCAGAAAUGUUUUUGUUUUCGUUUUCCUUCUGGCGAAUAAGUACAAGGCAUGAGAGAGAUCACGAAAUAUCUGCGAUCAAGGGAGAAAGUCAAAAGAAAUCCCCAAUAGUCUGGAGUCGUGAUAUUCAAAUUUGAAUAGAAAUUUGUGUCUUAAGUAUUCCCAGGGGAGCUUGUUAACAGUACAGAGGCCCGGGUUCCCCAGAGGGGUGCUCUGAUUUCGUUGAGCGCUCUGAUUCCCAUGCAGGUCCCUGGGUCCCUGAUCCUAAAGCAGGUGCUUCAAGAAGCACUCCUGUUGAAAAUAUACCUAUUUUAAGAUUGUCUGUUUUACACGAAAAUGUUAGUGUUGGAAGCCAUUAUCUCCUAGAGCAUGGGUAAUCCACAUUGAGCGGAAAAUCUACACAUGGUUCAUGUGCCUGAUUUGCUGCCACAUGUGUUAGUGCUGGGUCUCGCCAGUGUGGGCUGUAUAUUCUCUCAGCUGGCAAAAUUCUGAUAGGCCAUGCUGUCUCACGCUAGAGCAAAAGGAGUCAUUUAGUAUUUGAAAGUCAUGACUUUCAAGAGUCUAGUUUCUCUAAUAUUUUCUUUUCUUCUAGAGAGAUGUCUUUACUGUAUAUAAUCUCUGGAAGAGAAUGAGGGGAAUGUAAAAAUCAUCGAAUUUCCCGUUGCUCUGCUUAUGCCAGUCGUGUUCAAUGGAAGCAUGAAGAAAAUAAAAUAAUCUUUUUACUCUUUGUAUAAUUUCAGUUGCUGACAAAGAUAUUUAAUUUGUUCUUAAUCUUUGCUUUUGUUUACAUGAAAAUAUUUAUGUAUAUAUCACAGAAAAAUUUCUACUUGCUUGACAUUUUAUUCUACUAUGGUUUUUAAGUUUAAAGGAUGGCUUAAUUCAAAUUUAUUUUCACAGCCAUAGUCCUGCUAAACUGCCUUCAUCAAAGACUCAGUUUUCAAAUAAUAAAAAUAUCAAAGCACAUGUUUGUUAUUACAGGUAAAUGGUAAUACUUUUCUUAGCUAUAUAUUGGUACUAGUCCUUUGUAAUUAAAAUUAACUUAUUUUACAAUAGUACCUGACCUCUAUGGAAAAAAAAAACCACUUUGAAUUUUGGGUUGUAAUUCAAGAAUAAAAAAGUAUGGUUAUUUGUGCAUAUUGUUAUUACAACCAGGAAAAGAGCUCCCAAUAAGAAAAUGAAUAAAUAUUUAACAUUUCUAAAA